GACAAGUGAGUGAGUGGAAGUGAAGAAGUGAGUUGUAUGUGUCUGAAAAGAACAAGUGAGUAGAUAUGAUACUAUAAAUAAACAGUGCAUUGUGACCACCACGCUAUACUGUACUGUCCAACCAUAUCACUAUUCAGUAUUCACUGUUGCAUUCCCUCACACCAAACUCUACAACUUGAAUUUGAAUGCUUUAUUUUAUACUACCUUUCUUCCCUCCCUGUUAACGGUAUAUUUCAGAUUUCAUGGAUCCAGCAUAUCAUCUACCGGAGAUCUGGCAGUCCAGACCACCGCAUCUCGCCCCGGGUUAUCCAGAUUUUUCAAUUCAAGAUCUCACUUCUGAACAGAAACCACUCAACCAUGCCAGGAAAAUUACAAGAGUAACAAAUGAAGAUUCAGUUCAAUGCGUUUCUACCACCAAUGGUGGUGCCCGUGGCAAUUCCAACGCCGUGAAUGAUGAUGGUGGUGACGGAAAAAGGAGUAAGACAUCAGGGAACAGUAAAGGAGAAGAAAACAGUUCAGGAAAGCAUGCGGAAGAAACUAGUGAUGAGCCACAUCCUAAGAAAGACUACAUCCAUGUCCGAGCUAGAAGGGGUCAAGCUACUGAUAGCCAUAGUCUUGCAGAAAGAGCUAGAAGGGAAAAGAUUAGUGAAAGGAUGAAAACUCUUCAGGAUUUAGUCCCUGGAUGCAACAAGGUUAUUGGGAAAGCAUUGGUCCUUGAUGAGAUAAUCAAUUAUAUCCAAUCACUCCAUCACCAAGUAGAGUUUUUGUCGAUGAAGCUUGAAGCAGUAAAUUCAAGACCGACACCUGGUAUGGAAGUAUUUCCUCCUAAAACUUUUGAUCAGCAAACAUUUGAUACAACCGCCAUACCAUUUGCUUCACAUGCUACAAGAGAGUAUAGCCGAGGUGCAUCACCAGAGUGGUUACAUAUGCAGCUGGGAGGUGGUUUUGAAAGAACAUCAUAAUCUAUGAAAUUUCAUCACCUGAUAUUAAAUGCAAAUAGGAACAUUAUUCUCUACUUCAGAGCUCGCAUAAAUCAUAUACGCAAGGUGUUGAAGUCCAAAUGGACACUUGAUUCCAGUUUUUUAUACCACAGGGUCGCUUUGGUUUGUAUUUAAGGAACUGCAUUUGUUAUUAGUGUGCUGGAAAUGAAUUCAUUUACAUCAGAUCUAGCUUAGUGGACUAUAUACUCUUCAUAGCUUUUAAUAUGAUCAUUGUUUUUGUAAAAGAAGAAUGCUUGUUCUGAAUGCAUAAUGGUUAUAUAUUGUAUAAUCGUCUCAACAUAUUUUUAUAGACUCAA